GUCUGUCAAAGUCGUUGCAUCAUUCAACAAAAAGCCAAAAAAACCAAAGAAAGUUUUUGAAAAUCCUUUGCGCUCAACACUAAACAAAUAUUAUUACGCUUUUUUAGUUUUCCUCAACAAACUCAAGCUUUCUCAAUAGUGUUUUUCAUUGUGGUAACGUGUUGUCGCUGUGGGUUUCGAAAAAAAAACAAGAAACAAACAAACAAACACCAAACACACUCACACAAACCCGGCGAUAUUUUUGCACGUUCAAUUAACUCAAUUCGCCAUCAAUUCUCUUCGCUACAGAACCAUGAUCCGUCAGUUAAACCAUUAACGCGUUAAGUGCAAAAGUGUCCGGUCGUUCCCGUACGUUCGUGCUCUGGCACACAGGAGAACGAUGGCUAUGAAGCUCCUCCCGAACAGUGCGCUAGCACUGCGAAAGUUCAAUAAGUAUCUGCGUAAAAAUGUGAAAGAUCAAUCCGCCAGCAUAUUACGCCUAUGGACGACGCAGUGCGAGUUUUUGUUUGCCCAACAAUUGCGAAGAAGCCAGCAGAUAUUUGCUCACUACGCCAAAAUCUGGGAGGAACGGGCACUUCGCGAAUUGCUGCGGCGCUUCCGUGGCCAGGUACAGCGACAUGCCAAAGGGUUCAUACUGUCCUCCACCGCACUGCUCACAUUCGAUUGGGAGCGUGAAAGGAUCGAGCUUGCCUCGGUACAGGAGCAUAUGGAUGACUUCCAGUUUCUCGAGCGUCUGCAGAUGGAAACAAUCUACUGCAAGCGGUGCGAGAAACGAAAGCAAAUUGAUUGCCGUGUCGAAGGCAUUAACUAUUGCUGCUGCCCGAAGAAUGUGACGGAAAUGUUGUCCGCUGAAUCAAACAUCUAUACUGCCUGGGAGCCAUACAUUGAGCAGAAACGCAUGAUAACGUGGCGCCAGGAAAUUAAGCCAGGAUUGUUUGCCUACAAAGUUUAUGUUGAAUAUCCCGAUGUGACGGCGGAAGAUUUUCUCCACGUGCAAAUAGAUGUGGAGUAUCGGAAAAAGUGGGACAAUACUGCCGUCAAUUUGGAGGUGAUAGACGAAGAUUCUGCCAAAGGAUCGAACAGUCACAUCAUCUACUGGGAAGCUUUAUGGCCAAAACUUUUUGCCAACCGUGAUUACGUGUACAAUCGGCGCUUCUUUAUCGACCGUAGUCGGCGUGUGAUAAUGAUCGUUAACAAAAGCGUAGAACAUCCCAAGUGUCCGGCAAAACCGCACACGCAGCGUGUACACGAGUACUGGAGCUAUAUGGUGAUUAAACCGACGACUGCCUUUAACAAACCAGGCGUUUCGUUCGUGCUGACGUACUUCGACAAUCCCGGCCUAUCGAUACCGAAGUACAUUACUACCUGGGUGGCGAAAAAGCAGAUGCCCGAUUUCUUACGCCAGCUACACCAGGCCACAGUGAAUUAUGCGAAAGCGAAACGACAGAAUGAGACACGCAUUAUCGAGUUUUGGGAUAAGCAUAAGGACCCGGGCUUUGAAUAUCCACCGGAUACGCUGCUCGGAUACAGUACGGAAGAUUUCCACGAGGCAACGAAGCAAGAGGAAGAAUCUAGUCUACAGCAAGCAAAAGCUAAUUAUGUCGAAGCCAAACCAUCAUCAUCGCAUGUGCUUGCUUCAACGACUGCCAAGUCGAAUGUUGAGCCGAUGCCACAGAACGAUAAGGGAAUCUGCAGUACGAUAGAACCAAGCGACAGUCAAGCUGAGGAAAGUAUUCCGGUAAAAAAGUCAUCCUGGUGGAGUUAUCUAUAUUCGUAUAUCUACUUCGUUUAAAUUUGAUCAAAAGUUUGCCACACUCCGGUCCGGUUCGGGUUGGAUUUGUAUGCCAAUCGGCACAAACAGGCCGUGAUCCGAAUCAGUCUAUAACAAAACGCAUCGUGUAGAGCGUAGUAAAGCCCAAACAUUCAAGCAAAUGAAUGACAACAUGGUGUUCUCGACAGUGCUUGUAAGAUACUCAACUUACAACCAAUUUACAAAACGUAAUUAGAAUGCAAAGCAAAAAUACUAAGCAAACAGUUUACCAUCAAUUAUCUACCGAGACAUAGUAGUGAAGCUCGUAAAAUACCUCAAAAGUUUGUCGCGUUUAGAUGUUUGCUCAGCAGUUUAAAUCAAGUAGGACAAAACACUAGAAUGCGAACAACCAAUGCAAUAUUAUCAGUUAAUCAAUCGUUUCUAUCGUUCUGCAAACAAUUGCUUUGCAAAUAAGUUGUGUUCUGUUUUUUUGAAUUGUGUACUGGCCCGUUUUUUUUUUUGUUUUGGUUCUCCGCGUUGUUUGAGCCAUAAUAUUGUUUGAUAAGUGCAAUUGUUACAUUUUUUAAGGCAUUGAACAACUGUCCGUAACUGUAAAAAGAAAAAAAGGAAACCUAAUGUUUUAUUAAUAAGCGUAAAGUAACGGUGAAAGUUAAGUUUCUACUUUACAUCUUUAGGAAAUACUGCUUAGGAAAAUCUUCCGUACCUUGGAGUGGAAUGUUCUUAUUUGUUAAACUUUAAAAUAGUCACCAAUCAAUUGAAACAAA